UCUUUCCGCAUGUCGUCCGGCCGGCGUCGCGCGGAAAAGUCGCUCGUCUGCCUGCUGCAGGCGCUCCACGGUCAACGCGUCUCGAUUGAGCUGCAUCGCGACAUGCUCGCAACUGGCGAUGUCGACGAGGUCGACGUCCACAUGAAUGUUUUGCUGUACAAUGUCGUUCUAGAACGCCUGGGCCAUGGCGCGGAGCAGACUCGGGCUUCACAUUUCGAUACGUUUUUUGUUCAGGCAAAGCACAUCCGUUAUGUCCACUUGCCGGACGAGUUUGACGCCAUUCAAGCACUCAACUAUCGGCUUGCAGAAGUCGAUCGGAUACGGCAGAAUGCGAGCCGAAAGAAGCGCACACAAGUCCAGUUGCCGCCAAAAUUGGCGCCAAUCAUUGGAGGUCGGCCGCCACCAGAGCUGCUGCCAGAGUACGCAGCAGCUCCGACCGCAACAUCUGCACCCGGAGCUGGAUCCAAGCAGGCAGCUGGGUCUGGAGAUAUUUUGCUGGAUGAAUCAGCGUCGUUGUGGGAUGAUUUCCAAUGAGCGGAAAGAAUCUGGCGUUUUUGCACCGAUUGGUCGUGAAUGUGGAGCAAGAGAUCAGUUUUGUCCUCGCCAACUGAAUUACUCCAUCCGAAAGCGCGUUAUUGUACACGAAACCAAGAAGAAUCACAAAAGUACUCGCGCA